CUUUUUCGUUUUACUUUACUUUCUUUUUUUUUUUCUUUGUGAUAAAAGAAAAAAUGUCUUUUGAACACUCAAUAUCUUAUCGAAAAGUAGCUAAAACGUUAGUUAUUGUUUGUUUUCUUGGUCUUUUUAUUGGUUGGUUCAUUGACCUUAGUUCUUUAGAUUGGAAACAACAUUCAACUGAAUUUAGUAUCUUAUGGACUCCUCCUACAACUACUACUACUACUUUUACUGAUACUAAUCAAAUUACUUUGACAAGUGAUCGUUUUACAAUGAAUAAAAAUCAAUUCAAUUGGAUUGAUAAUCGAAAUGGUCAACAACAUCAAUUACCAACAAAAUCAGUAUUUGAAAAAGCUUUCUCUGCAUCAGUGGGUAAUAGUGAUAUUCAACCUUAUUAUUUCAAAGCAAAUCAUCAUCCUACUAUCAACGAUAUUACUAUUCUUACAACCAUUACCAAAAGUCGAAUUCAUACUUUAGCUAUUUUGGCUGAACGAUAUCAAGGUCCUAUUUCUGUUGCUCUUCAUAUUGCUCCUGAUGAAUCUGGUGAAAAUACUUUGGAAUUACUUGGUCAAACUAUCAAACAACAACCAUCUAUGCAAAAGUAUGUAGACGUUCAUGUGAUCAAGGAUAAGAUGGAAAGACAAUUAAACUUGUGGCGUAACGUGGCAAGAUUCUUUGCUCGAUCUGACAAUGUAAUGAUGCUUGAUGUGGACUUUUAUCUCUGUACUGAUUUCAGGAAACAUAUUCUCAAUAAUCCUCAUGCCAUGGAAUUAUUGAAUAAUGGUCAUUCUGCUCUGGUCAUUCCUGCAUUUGAAUUCACUAAACAAGAUGAUGGAUUGGAUUAUAGAACAUUCCCUACUACAAAACACAGUCUGAUCAACCUAUACCAAAAUCAAGCUAUUGAUAUGUUUCAUUCAUUUUGGACACCCGGUCAUGCUUCCACCAAUUAUCCUUAUUGGAUCACUGCUAAUGAUAUAUACAAAGUCACUGAAUAUCAACAAUCUUAUGAACCUUACAUUGUAUACAAAAAGAAUCAUCAACCUUGGUGUGAUGAACGAUUCUUUGGUUAUGGAAGUAACAAAGCUGCUUGUCUAUUCGAACUCUAUGUUUCUGGUGUUGAUUAUUAUGUUAUGCCUCAAGAUUUUAUCAUUCAUCAAACUCAUGAUUACCCCAAUGAAACUCGUUCUUUAGAGCGUUUCUAUAAUAGGCGUUUGUACAACCAAUUUCGAGAAGAGAUCUGUCUUCGUUAUGCCCGCAUGUUUGUCGCACAAGAUGAAUGGGAAACUCCAAAAUCAUUCAACUUGAUAGAGCAAUGCAAUCGCUUACCGAGAUUCCAAUCUACUGUCAAGACCUUCCUAUGAUUCCCACUUUUUGUAGUUUUAUUUUUUUUUUCCUUUUUGUAAUUAACAUCCUUUUUAUAUAUAUAUAUUGUAUAGCCUUAUUUAUUUAGAUAGAUACAAAUCAUCAUCUUUUUUUUUUAUUGCACUAACAUCAUCAUCAUUACGUAAAUAAAUAAAAAAAAA